AUGGCCGGCCUGCUACACAUUCCGGGCCCCGAGCACCUUCGCCCCUUCACCCCCGCCUCGUUGGCUGCCAUCAAGCAGCGCAUCGCCGAGGCAAAGGCGCUCAAGAUAAAGCGGCAGCAAGUGGAGCUGCCCGAGGAAGAGGAGAUCAAGCCCAGAAGUGACCUGGAAGCUGGCAAGAACCUGCCUCUCAUCUAUGGUGACCCACCACUGGAGCUCAUCGGGACCCCCUUGGAGGACCUGGACCCUUUCUACAAGGAUAAGAAGACAUUCAUAGUCCUCAACAAAGGGAAGUCCAUCUUCCGCUUCUCAGCAACCCCUGCCCUCUACCUGCUGGGGCCCUUCCACCCCAUCCGCAGAGGAGCCAUCAAAGUGCUUAUCCAUUCAUAUCCUUGCUUUCUGUGAUGUUUUAAAUUAUUCAGCAUGGUCAUCAUGAUCACGAUUUUAACCAACUGUGUGUUUAUGACGAUGAGCAACCCCCCGGCAUGGUCCAAGAACGUGGAAUACACUUUCACUGGGAUAUACACCUUCGAGUCCCUCAUCAAGAUACUGUCGAGAGGCUUCUGCAUCGACAGCUUCACAUUCCUGCGUGACCCGUGGAAUUGGCUGGACUUCAUGGUCAUCUCCAUGGCCUACAUUACUGAGUUCGUGGACCUGGGGAACAUCUCUGCUCUCAGGACCUUCCGUGUCCUUCGUGCCUUGAAAACCAUCACCGUGAUACCAGGGCUGAAGACAAUCGUUGGGGCUUUGAUCCAGUCGGUGAAGAAGCUCUCGGACGUCAUGAUCCUCACUGUCUUCUGCCUGAGCGUGUUUGCCCUGAUCGGUCUCCAACUCUUCAUGGGGAACCUCCGGCAGAAGUGUGUGCGGUGGCCCCCCCUCAACGACACUCUGCUGGGAGACUUGGGGCUGAACAACGACACAUUGGCCAAUGCAACACUCUACGGCAACUUCACCGAUGGCAUCACCAGCAACUUCACCAGCAACUUCACCAGCAAUAGCACCUUUGAUUUUGAGGCCUACAUCAAUGAUGAAGCCAAUUUCUACUUUCUGGAUGGAGCGCUUGAUGCCCUGCUGUGUGGGAACAGCAGUGAUGCUGGGAAGUGCCCUGAAGGGUACCAGUGCAUGAAGGCGGGCAGGAACCCGAACUACGGCUACACCAGCUACGAUACCUUCAGCUGGGCUUUCCUGGCCCUCUUCCGCCUCAUGACGCAGGACUUCUGGGAGAACCUCUUCCAGCUGUUGCAGGACCGGCGGUCCAGCGGCAGUUCCCUGCCCAGCAGCACGGCCGAGAAGGAGCGCGACUCGGACCUGAACAGUGACCAGGACAAGGCAAAGAACUGCAACGGGCAAGUGGUCCCCAAGGUCGUGCUGCAGCGGUCCGCCACAGUGAUUGAUUUCAAUCCAACCAAUGAGCCGGAGAAAUCAGACCACAACCACCUCACUGUGGGCAACCAGGAUGGGCCAGGCCUGGAGAAGAGGGUGGGGAGCGCCAUCAGCGUCAUCUCCAAUGCUGUGGAAGAGCUGGAGGAAGCUCACCAGAAGUGCCCACCUUGGUGGUACAAAUUUGCCCACACGUUCCUGGUCUGGAACUGCUGUCCCCCCUGGCUGAAGCUGAAGGAGUUUGUCAAGCUGGUGGUGAUGGACCCCUUCGUGGACCUGGGCAUCACCAUCUGCAUUGUGCUCAACACGCUCUUCAUGGCCAUGGAGCAUUACCCCAUGACGGAGGAGUUUGAGAACGUGCUCUCCGUGGGGAACCUGGUCUUUACGGGGAUCUUCACUGCAGAGAUGGUUCUGAAGCUCAUUGCUCUGGACCCCUACGAGUAUUUCCAGCAGGGCUGGAACAUCUUUGACAGCAUCAUCGUCACCCUGAGCCUGGUGGAGCUGGGCCUGGCCAAUGUGCAAGGGCUCUCCGUGCUCCGCUCCUUCCGCUUGCUGAGGGUUUUCAAGCUCGCCAAGUCCUGGCCCACCCUCAACAUGCUCAUCAAGAUCAUCGGCAAUUCAGUGGGCGCCCUGGGGAACCUCACGCUGGUGCUGGCCAUCAUCGUCUUCAUCUUCGCCGUGGUGGGGAUGCAGCUUUUUGGAAAGAGCUACAUAGAGUGUGUGUGCAAGAUCUCCGUCGACUGCACGCUGCCCCGCUGGCACAUGAAUGACUUCUUCCACUCCUUCCUCAUCGUCUUCCGCAUCCUCUGCGGGGAGUGGAUCGAGACCAUGUGGGACUGCAUGGAGGUGGCUGGCCAGACCAUGUGCCUCAUCGUCUUCAUGAUGGUCAUGGUCAUUGGGAACCUCGUGGUGCUGAAUCUGUUUUUAGCUUUGCUGCUGAGCUCCUUCAGCGCCGAUAGCCUGGCAGCAUCUGACGAUGAUGGAGAGAUGAACAAUUUGCAGAUCGCUAUUGGCAGGAUCAGCAGGGGGAUCGACUUUGUAAAGACCUCUGUCCUCAUGCUGCUCCGCAGGCUGUGGAAAGGGAAGAAGGUAGCCCCAGAGGAAGAGCAAGAGCCCAAUAAGAGGGACAACUCUGUGCUAAACCAUGUGGACACUGGCCAGGAGCCCAAGUCGGAGUACCUGGAUGGAGUCACUGGCAAAGAGCACUUUUUCAUGGAUGAACUGGACCACAUGAAUUUCAUCAACAACCCCAACCUGACGGUGCAAGUCCCCAUCGCCUCAGAAGAGUCUGACCUCUAUGAGGAGACGAGCACCCAGUCUGACACUGAAGACACCAAGAAUCCCCUCUCCAGUGACAACGCGUCGUCCCUGUGCAGCACCGUGGAUUACAAGCCCCCGCCACCGGAGGAGGAGGAAGUGGCAGAAGAGGCUGAGGCCAGCAACGAGCCUGAGGAUUGCUUCACCGAAGCCUGUGUGAAGAGGUUUCCCUGCCUCUACGUGGACAUCACCAGCGACAGAGGGAAGGUCUGGUGGAACAUCCGGAAAACCUGCUUCCGCAUCGUGGAACACGACUGGUUCGAGACCUUCAUCGUCUUCAUGAUCCUCCUCAGCAGUGGGGCGCUGGCUUUUGAGGACAUCUACAUUGAACAACGAAAGGUGAUACGCACCAUCCUGGAGUACGCUGACAAGGUCUUCUCCUACAUCUUCGUCAUUGAGAUGUUGCUCAAGUGGGUGGCCUAUGGCUUCAAGGUAUACUUCACCAACGCAUGGUGCUGGCUGGAUUUCCUCAUUGUUGAUGUUUCCAUCAUCAGCCUGACAGCAAACUGGCUGGGAUACUCUGAGCUAGGAGCCAUCAAGUCCCUGCGGACACUGAGGGCUCUGAGACCACUGCGUGCCCUGUCCAGAUUUGAAGGCAUGAGGGUGGUGGUGAAUGCCUUGCUGGGCGCCAUCCCUUCCAUCAUGAACGUCCUGCUGGUCUGCCUCAUCUUCUGGCUGAUAUUCAGCAUUAUGGGGGUGAACCUCUUUGCAGGGAAGUACUAUCGAUGCAUCAACACCACCUCAGGGGAGAUCUUUGACAUCAGUGUGGUGAACAAUAGGAGCGACUGCAUGGCUCUCCUCCACACCAACGAGGUCAGAUGGGUCAACGUCAAGGUCAACUUCGACAACGUGGGCUUGGGAUACCUCUCUUUGCUGCAGGUGGCAACCUUCAAAGGCUGGAUGGACAUCAUGUAUGCUGCCGUGGACUCACGCGAGAUUGAAGAGCAACCGAUGUAUGAGAUCAACAUCUACAUGUACAUCUACUUCGUCAUCUUCAUCAUCUUUGGUGCCUUCUUCACCCUGAACCUCUUCAUUGGUGUCAUAAUCGACAACUUCAACCAGCAGAAGAAAAAGUUUGGAGGCAAAGACAUCUUCAUGACAGAAGAGCAGAAGAAAUACUACAAUGCCAUGAAGAAGCUCGGCUCCAAGAAACCCCAGAAGCCCAUCCCCAGGCCAUCGAACAAGUUUCAAGGGAUGGUGUUUGACUUUGUUACCAAGCAAGUGUUUGACAUAACCAUCAUGAUCCUGAUCUGUCUUAACAUGGUGACCAUGAUGGUCGAAACAGAUGAUCAAAGUGAACUCAAAACAUCUGUCCUCUACAAGAUAAACCUGGUCUUCAUCGUCAUCUUCACUGGAGAGUGUGUACUCAAAAUGUUCGCCUUGCGUUACUACUACUUCACUAUUGGCUGGAACAUCUUUGACUUUGUGGUGGUUAUCCUCUCCAUCUUAGGUAUCGUCCUCUCAGAUAUCAUAGAGAAGUACUUCGUAUCACCCACCCUCUUCAGGGUCAUCAGGCUGGCAAGGAUUGGCCGUGUCCUCCGGCUGAUCCGAGGGGCAAAAGGCAUCCGAACUCUCCUCUUUGCUCUGAUGAUGUCCCUGCCCGCCCUGUUCAACAUUGGUCUUUUGCUUUUCCUCGUCAUGUUCAUCUACUCCAUCUUUGGGAUGUCCAACUUCGCCUAUGUGAAGAAGGAGGCGGGGAUCGAUGACAUGUUCAACUUUGAAACUUUUGGGAACAGCAUCAUUUGCCUCUUCCAGAUCACCACAUCGGCUGGAUGGGAUGGCCUCCUCAGCCCGAUCCUGAACAGCGGUCCCCCUGACUGUGACCCCCACCUGGAAAACCCUGGCAGUUCAGUAAAAGGGGACUGUGGCAAUCCAUCCAUCGGCAUCUUCUUCUUCUGCAGCUACAUCAUCAUUUCCUUUCUCAUUGUGGUGAACAUGUACAUCGCCAUCAUCCUGGAGAACUUCAGUGUGGCCACGGAGGAGAGCAGCGAACCCCUCUGUGAAGAUGAUUUUGAAAUGUUUUAUGAAAUCUGGGAGAAGUUUGACCCGGAUGCCACGCAGUUCAUUGCAUACAGCACUUUGUCUGACUUUGUAGACACCUUACAGGAGCCACUCAAAAUUCCCAAGCCAAACAAGAUCAAGCUAAUCACCAUGGAUCUACCAAUGGUUGCUGGUGACAAAAUCCACUGUCUGGAUAUCCUCUUUGCCCUGACUAAGGAAGUGCUGGGAGACUCAGGAGAAAUGGAUGCCUUGAAGGCCACCAUGGAGGAGAAGUUCAUGGCUGCAAACCCCUCAAAGGUUUCCUAUGAACCCAUAACCACCACUCUGAAAAGGAAACACGAGGAAGUCUGUGCUACAAAAAUCCAGAGGGCUUUCCGGAGGUACCUCCUGAGGCGCUCGGUGAAGCAGGCCUCCUACAUGUACAGGCACAGUAAGGAUGAAGAUGCCCUGAGGGAGGACGCACCUGAGAAGGAAGGUCUGAUCGCCACCAAAAUGAACGAGAUGUAUGGGAACAGUGGGACAGAUGUGGAGACAGCCCCUGCCUUUGAUCUUGCACCCGUUCCCAGCUCAGAAACACAAGAUGCUCCUGGAGAAGCAAAAGCAUGGGAUAAGGAACGCGUUGUGAAAGAGUCGCUGGUAUAACAGAAAGAGGCUUCCAUCUCUUGCCCAGCCUGAAAAGACUUCAUUUGUACCUGCUUUUCAGAGCUCUUCCAUCUACAGAUCAGUGGAUCUUAGACACUGAGCUAAUUUCAGAUAUUUCAAGUAGACACC